AUACCGGAUAUAAAUUAUACAAAAACAAAAAGUAGAUCAGCAUCUGCAGAAUUUUUUGUAUCAUUUAGUCAAGAUAUAAAUUAUAAUGAAUACGAUGAUAAUACAGACAAUGAUAUUGAUGAUGAUAUUGAUGAUGAAAUUGUUUGUAGUAUUCAUCAUGAAGAUCAUCAACCGACAACACGUUCGAAUAAUGUAACACAUUAUGCAGAUGUACUGGCAGGUAAAUUAUUAGAAUCUGCUGUUGAUUCAAGUAUAAAAGAAAUAAGCAAAUUAUCAAAAGAAAUUCCAGUUCCCAACAAUAAUACGAUGUUAAAUACAACAGCAGGUUAUAUAAGUGAUGCUCAUCAAGACUCAUUUAUUUUAUCAGCGGAUCCCAUAACAAUGGAAGAAAAUAUUAUAUUGAAUGUAUCGAAAACUGAUACAAUCAUGCCGACGAGUGAUGACAAAUCGUUUUUGACAGAAAUCAAGCCAAGUGAAAGACAAUUGUCAUUAGAUACAAUUUAUAACAAUGAUUCGAUUAGUCAAUCAAGAAUUCAACCUACCCGUUCACCAAAUGCAAAAAAUUAA